AUUCAUUCUCAUAAAAUAGAAUACACUGAAACGAGUGAUCAACUCAACGUUACAUGUGAACAAAUUAUUAAAAAUAUGCUAACUUAUAUAACAAAUAUUAUAUCGUUCUAUUUUUAUAAUAACACAUGUCAGUAAAGUUUUAUUGUAUUAAUAUGAUGCCUAAUGUGAUGCAAGAUUAUGAAUAUAUCUAUUCAUAGACCUACUUAAUUAUUAACGUUGCUAAUUCUGUAUUGCAUGGUGUUGAAUCAUAAACGAGAAAGUUCUGGCAGAAGAUCUGGUACUAAACAGAAUUUUAGGUGUUGGAUACCUCACAAAGUUAAUAUCAAGAAACUGGAUAGAUUGCAGCAAUGCCAGAAUUAAAGCUUGAGUCAUAUGUACAAGAGGUGUUGAAUGAUGAGAUUGAGCGUGAUGACAGGUUUCUAGAAGUGGAGGACCUGGAACACCUCCUGCGAGAUGAGAAUGAUGGUGAGGUGCCGAGAUCAGGGAUAUUUGGAUACCCGUCGUCACCACUGUACCGCGAACUGGCCAACAUGCUGCAGCUGUGGAUGACAAACAGGUGGUGCCCAAUCUUCGACCUUCCCAAGUAUGGUCUGUUAGAUGAAACAGUUUAUGUGGAAACAAGGGCAGCCACGGUGGCCUCCAUCACCCCCCUGCUGGAAGGUCUGCUCACUCUGUGGGAACUGUGGGGACGAGAGGAAAUCAAGUUUAGAAUCAGACAAGUCAUGCUGCUACUGGGAAAGCGAGGUUUGUUGGACAUUCUUGGAGUUCGUAAGACAGUUGGGUCUACAAACAUGUGGCCAACAAGCAGAAAGAAAUUGCUUGCUUCAUUUUUGGAGAAACACUCGCCAAACUCCAAAAUUUGUGUAGGAGCACGAGCACUAUCAAAGCACUACCAUCGAGAUGAAAGUACAUCCUGGUGGGGAAACUGUACAGGGACUGAAGAAAAUAAAAACACUCAUGCCUUGCAGAUCGUGUUAAAGAUAUUAGACCAUGCUACCUGGAUCAACAUUCACUGGCUUCCUCAUGAUCUGUUCAUACUGGAGGUACGACAAGCUGAAGGAUAUGGUGCCAGAUGGUCAGCUGAUGGAUCAACGUUCCGUGGUUUCCUCGAACCACAGAUGAUUGGUGGACACGAUGCUGGAUGGAAACAUUGAUCCCAAGACACAUUUACAAUCAAACAUUUCAUACCACAGCACAACAUAACAUACACCAUGUCAUGUGUUGCUAGAGUACAUUGUUUUAAUUAUUACCCAUAUGGUUAAAAAUGUCUUGGUACAUAUCAAAGUAAUACAUCCAAAUAGAACACUUUGACAUCAUCAAUUGGCGCACUGAAAUCUUACAGGAACAUCAACUAAACGAGCUGAGUGAUAUUAUUUAAGAUCGAUUAUGGGUAAUAAAUAGGAUAUUAAAGUGGCUACCAUUUUGUAUCAUGUUUAUGUCCCUCGUGAAAUAAUUGUCAUUGUCACUCAUAAAAGCUUGUGACAAUUGAAAAUUAUUUCACUCGAGACUUUAAACAUGAUACAAAACAGAAGCUCAUUUAAUAUCCUAUAAUUAGGUAUGUGUGGAAGACUGUUCUUAUAAACAGAUCAGUUUUAGCCCGAUCAGAUCCAUAAUGUAAAUGAAUCUGCACUAUAGCACAUCACAAUUUGAAAGAUCAAGCCUACAUUCAGCAACAGUGAAAAAUGCUAACACUUGUGUACAAUUUCAUCAGUUUUUGAUGUUAUGAUUUAAAUUUUCACAAAAACCUUUCUACUGAAGGGUUUUUCCCCAAGGGUAAUUUUAGAAAUUGAGACAACUGCAAUCCUCCAUGAAGUCAUUUCUGACUCUGUGGUGGUGUGAACUAAAUCAAAGAUAGAUGUUGGUGUCAAUGGCAGAAUGUAGACCAAUUCAGUGGAGAUAUUUUCAACUAACAUAAAUAAUUCAGUUUUUACCACCCAGUCAAGCAUUCCCCAGCUGAACUCGAAACGGAUUGAUCAUUUCUUGUUCAUAUUAGUUUUUAAAAAGUUGGGCUAGCCAAUUGCAACUUUUAAAAAACAAUUGGGAAUUCGUUUUAGUUGCAAUUUUGUUGGAAGCUCAAUAGUUUUGCAAAAUGUUCUGCUCAACCUGUGUUCUAACAGAGGAUGAUAUAGUAUUGGUAAACAAGCAACUUGCUAUUUUGAUGAUCAAGACAGUCCUGCCAGUGAUAAAGCCUAGAUCACACUUAUUACACGACGAGUGCCAUGAGCCAUUCACACUACACAAAGGCUGUAUGCAACUCGACAUAUUUGGUAGUGACAAAUGCUCUCGAGGUCUUUAUCUUGUCGUUGCAAGUUAGCUUGUGUGUCUCAGAGAUAAAUGCCAUUGAACAAAGUUGUCGGUCACAGACUCGACAAUCAAAUAUUGUUGCAUCAUUUGUGAUUUAGGCUUAAAGGACAAGAUAAACAUUACAAUUUCAUCAAUUGCCUCGACUGCAGAAUGUUUUUCAACAAAGUGAAAUAAUGCACCUGUCUUAAAACAUUAUGUCCAGCCGUUAUGGUCAAGUUGUUCUAGGGCGUCAUAAAACAAUCAUUCUGUUAGGGAUACUGGACUGCAAAGUAAACAAGCCAUCAAAGCUUUUCUAGUGAUAUUUUUAUUUUUGUAUUCAAGAAAUGUUUUAAAUAUAUGUUGUGAUAUUUUAUAUAUUUUUAUGUAAAAUAUUAGUACUUGUAAAAUAAACAAAUAUUUGACU